GAGGAAAGGGCAAUGAGAGGUGACUAACGAGGGAAACGUUAUAACGUAUCGUGCUCGCACCUCCGGUGGUCAUACUUUCGUGAACGUUCGCGCACGGAGCCUCGGAGUUCGCACGCCAUUCUGUGUCCGGAGUUUUACACCCGACGUCGCCUUUACACCAUGACAACGAGCUCUGUAACGACCACCUCGGUGACGGAGAGGAAAAAGCACCUCGAGGACAACGUUGACCAGAAUCGCCAGCAGCUGCCGGACAACAACAGUGACCCCGAGAGCGAAGCCGUCUCCGAGGUUCCUUACAAGACGGAAAUCGUCUGGCGCAACGUGUUCCUCUUCAUUGGGCUCCACAUCGGGGCCGCCUUGGGCCUCUACUGCGCUAUCUUCACGGCCAAGUGGCAGACAAACCUUCUGGCCUUCAUCGGUCUGGGCAUCUCUGGUGUCGGCUCUUCAGUGGCUGCCCACCGACUUUGGUGCCACCGUACGUUCAAGGCGAAGUUGCCCCUCAGGAUAAUACUGAUGAUGGCCAACUGUUUCGCGCUACAGAACGACGUUUACGAGUGGACGCGGGACCACCGGGUACACCACAAGUUCUCGGACACCGACGCCGACCCGCACAACAUUAACCGUGGCUUUUUCUUCGCGCACAUGGGUUGGCUCAUGUGCAAGAAGCAUCCAGAGGUGUUCCGCAAGGGCGCCACUGUCGACUGUUCCGACGUGCUGGAGGACCCAGUCAUUCGCUUCCAGAGGAGGUUCUACGUACCUCUGGUGACGCUUUUCUGCUUCGUGUUGCCGACGCUCGUGCCGAUGUGGGUGGCGGGCGAGACGUUCUGGAACGCGCACCUGGUGAACGGCCUGCUGCGCUACACCGUCAGCCUGCACAUGACGUGGCUGGUGAACAGCGCGGCACACACCUGGGGCUACCGGCCGUACGAUAAGAGCAUCGCGCCCACCGAGAACCCGGCCAUGUCCAUUGGAAUGUUCGGCGAGGGUUUCCACAACUUUCACCACGCUUUCCCGCAGGACUACAAGAGCAGUGAGUUCGGGCCACUGUUCAACCCUGCCACUAUCUUCAUCGACCUGAUGGCGCUGAUCGGCCAGGCGUACGACCUCAAGACCACGCCCAAGCACGUUAUUGAGAAGCGCAUUGAAAGGACUGGCGACAAGAGGCAGCACUACUUGAAGGCAUUCGGGUCCUCUUGAGACAAAGGGGAAAACUUCGAGAAGGCUGGGAGCGGAAGCGGCCAUUAUUAUACCCGAACCAUGGCGGCUUACAAUGUUCUUGCUUGUUUUCUUCGAAUCUUGUCCCACGCUUUAUUCUUUUCCAUUCAUCUGGCUUCUAAUCUCAACGGCUUUAAAGGCUUCCUCGCUGGCCUCCUCUCCUCGCACACGCCCUUCAUCUGUUUUACAAAGGUGGAGACAGCUACUGCGGUCUUCUUUUUUUCACGGCCACGUCUUUCGUCUACUCACUUGCUUUCACUGUCAGUAAACACCUACCACAUCCCAAGCGAAACGGGCAGUAACGGCCACUGGAGAGCAAUUCGCGAGCGGAAUAGCAAAACGUAUAUACAAGUCCAUUAGUUGUACAUAUGAGUUCAGCAAUGUCUAAAUGUAGCGUUCUAUAUUGAAUUUCACCUGGUACAACUAUAACUAGCGCAAAUGUGACAAAUGUGAGAUGGUAGCGACGACAGUUGUAGCGGUAUACUAGGUGAAUGACUGAGGCACGCGUACUGAUGAGCACGCGCUGAAUAUAAUCCUAUAUAUAUAUUUCGCGGCCGCAAGGGUCCGAAUACUUGAUGUUAUACGGUGAGGCCGAUAUAAAAUCGUGAGAUAGAACUAAGAAGUUGUUUUUUUUUUAAGAGGCUUGUCAGCUAUGAAAACAUGCAUGGUUCCGGUGACACGCUACAAGACGCUGCGUAAGAAGCGCAACAAAGCUUUCAGUGCCUUCCGUGCUGAGGACGGUCUCGGAUAGUGCCCAGGGGCCUUCCCUCCGAGAAAAGGCGAUUAUCAAGUCCGCCUAAGGCAUCUGAAAGCCCUUUCCUGGGCUCACUAAAACCGGGACACCCACAGAGAAGAUGGGCAAACGUUUCCUCACAGCUAAAAUUAUCGCAUGUAGGGUUGUUGACAAUUCCGAUCCGAAAAGAAUAGGCAUUCGAGAAAGCCAUGCCAAGUCACAGGUGGCACAGAAGCGUCUUCUCAGCUCGAGAUAUUCCUGACGGAAGACAGAGCUGGAGAUUCAGAUUCAAGCUGUGGAGCCAACAUAGAGAGUCGUAUUCUCUUUUCCAUUUUUUUUUUCUCUUUUGUAGUGUCUCCAUUCUAUUCUCUUUUAUUCCUCUUACCUACUUUCCCCAGCACAGGGUAGCCAGCCGGUCUAAGAACUGGCUAACCUACCUGCCUUUCCCCAUCUGCUUUAGACUAUAGUUUAUUAGGUGGCCGCGUUGAACGUCCCAACGCUUACUGGUGCCAUCAGGCUUUGCUAUGUGAAGCGAGCUGGAUCUACUGUACCUGUAUUUGAAUUCUUUUUUUUUUCUUAACCUUAACCUUUGAAAUGUGUAACCGUAGCCAACACCCAGUUUGCAUCUGAAGUUCUGCUUCCCGUUUUGCACUCGCAGAUCUUGUCAUUUAGUGUAGUAGUUAUAUUUACUAGAGAUAUCUUUGCGGCUGGUCUCUUUUUUUAACGACAACUUUGUUUCCUACUAUAGAAAAGAAUUUUUUUUCCUUACGUACACUCUAAGAAAAAAAAAAAAAGGAACACUGUUACUCUUUUGGGGGAGUCUUUACUUGCCACGUAUGUAACACGUCAACUGUAUCUGGAGUUCGUUAUACUGUCUACGGAGAUUCGUGGGAGACGCGACUCUUCAAAAGAGAGUUAACUUGUAUCUUUAAAUUGAAUUAUAUACUCUAUGUCACAAGUCUGGACUCACCAAAAAGAGUACCAUGUACUCGUUUUUUUUUUUUUUUAGAGUGUAGUCUCACCAUUUACAUACAGGUAGAACAAGUACAAUGUGAUAUUGAUGCCAUACUCGUUACUGGCAUUUUUAUACUGUCGACCGCUCAGGUUUGAGCAUGAUGCCACAUACUCUGCAGUUGUGUGAUGUUUUAUAUUGUGCAAUACUAGGUGUCUGUGUCCGUGUGCAUGUGGGGUGUAUAAGUUAUGAUCAUUAAAAGGGUGUAAACUUGAGCUUG